AUGACACCUUUGAAGCUUUUCACCACCCAUGGGGACGGAGCCAUGCCACCAGAUGUGGUAGAGUCCAUUGCUGUGGUUGGUCUGGCGACUCGUUUCCCUCAGGAGGCAACCACAACGGAGGCUCUAUGGGAACUUCUGUUGCAGGCUCGAUCAACGUGGUCUCCAAUUCCCAAAGAGAGGUUCAAUGCUUCUGCUUUCUAUCACCCAGACCCAGAGCAUGGGGGAACGUUCCAUGUACAGGGAGGCCACUUCCUCUCAGAAGACCCAGCCUAUUUCGACGGAUCGUUUUUCAACAUCACAAAGACCGAGCUGUUAACCUUGGACCCUCAGCAACGAAUGGUACUGGAAAAUGUUUACCAUGCCUUGGAAAACUCUGGGAUUCCAAUGAAUACCGCUGUUGGUUCCAAUACUUCGGUGUUUGUCAGCGGAUUCAAUCAUGAUUACCUGGGAAUCUUGAAUUCCGAUCCAGAGACAGCACUCAAGUACAAGCCAACCGGAGUGGUCAAUGCGAUUCUGUCAAAUCGAAUCAGUUGGUUCUUUGAUCUCAAGGGACCGAGCAUGACUAUCGACACGGCAUGCUCCAGCAGUCUGGUUGCAUUGCAUCUGGCUGUACAGAGUCUUCGUUCUCGGGAGACAAAUAUGGCUCUGGUUAGCGGGGUGAGUAUCCUGGAGAAUCCAGUGGAGACGGUUGGGAUGAGCCACCACGGUUUACUCGGAAGUCAAGGCCGAUGCUUCAGCUUUGAUUCCCGAGCAGAGGGUUAUGCCCGUGGGGAAGGAGUUGGAACCGUGGUUUUGAAACCGUUGAGCUCUGCUAUCCGAGACGGUGAUACAAUCCGUGCAGUUAUCCGAGAAACUGGGGUCAACCAAGAUGGCCGCACAUCAGGAAUUACUGUUCCAAGUAGUGAGGCACAAGAGCGAUUGAUCCGGAAAGUCUACUGGCGAGCCGGCUUGAACAUGGAACAGACUAGAUUCGUCGAGGCCCAUGGCACUGGAACCAGCACCGGCGAUCCAAUUGAAGCGGGGGCCCUCGCAAAGGCAUUCAAAUGCCGAAGAGAUACGCCCCUGUACAUUGGAACCAUCAAGUCUACUAUCGGCCAUCUGGAAGGUGGUUCCGGUGUCGCUAGUCUCAUCAAGUCGAUCCUCAUUCUCGAGUCGGGAAUCAUUCCACCCAACUUUGAUAUCCAGAAGAUCAAUCCCAAGGUCCCAGCUGAGGAGUGGAACAUCGAGUUUCCCAAAGCAAUUACUCCAUGGCCUUCGGAUGGACUGCGAAGAAUAUCUGUCAAUUCUUUCGGAAUCGGAGGCGCCAAUGCGCACUGCGUUUUGGACGAUGCCUACCAUUAUCUUCAGAAUCGCCGCAUUUCAGCUACCCACAGGACCAAAAUCCGGGUUCCAAGGACUGUUCACAUCAAGGAUCAAACGAUCGUGAUCUCGCGAUCCAGAUAUAGUGAGACGGACAGUAGUUCAGACUCAGCGGACGAGGGUGAUAUUUUGGAGCGUGCUGCGACUCCUGAAACUCCAGGAACAGAUGGAUCAUGUUUAUCCCCUUACUUGGGGCCAAUGAGUUCAUUCCCUAGUUUGGUAGUGCCGAAGCUAUUCUUGAUCUCGGCGUUUGACGAAGAAGGUGUCAAGCGGACUGUAGAAGCGUACUCUGGGUAUAUCGGUCCUAAGCUGGCUCGGCCAAAUGCCACUGAUUACUUGUUGGACGAUCUUUCAUUGACACUCUCCAAGCAUCGUUCUAUUUUUCAAUGGAAGAGCUUUGUUACGGCAUCGACUGUUAGUGAGCUUGCUUCUCAUCUGUCAGAGUCUCGCUUUUCAAAGCCGGUUCGAGCACCAAAUGCCCCAGACGUUCACUUUGUUUUCACUGGCCAGGGAGCUCAGUACCAGUCUAUGGGUAGAUCUUUGCUCAUCUACCCGGUAUUUCAGGAGUCACUUGAAGAAGCGUCGAAAUACAUUCGUCGACUAGGAAGUCCGUGGUCACUGAUAGAUGAGCUUCUUGCAGACGAUAAAGUCUCUCGUGUCAGUCUUCCGGAAAUUGCACACCCAGUAUGCACUGCACUGCAAGUCGCAAUCAUUGACCUGCUGGCCAGCUGGAAUAUCUUCCCAUCAUGUGUGACAGGCCAUUCGUCCGGUGAGAUAGCUUCUGCAUACUGCGCUGGAAGAAUCUCUCGCGAGGGAGCGUGGAAAGUAGCAUACUACCGCGGCUAUGUUUCAUCAAAACAACUCGCAGCCAAUGGUGCGAUGAUGGCUGUUGGAUUAAGUUCCGAGCAGCUUGAAUCCUAUCUGAAAUGUGUCCACAACGACCAUCAGGGUGAGCUCAUCAUCGCAUGCUAUAAUAGUCCCACUAACAAUACCGUCUCUGGAGACGAGGGGCUGGUGGACUGUCUCAAGAAACGACUUGAUACUGAAGGAGUCUUUGCGCGGAAGCUCAAUGUUCAGAAUGCCUAUCACUCUGCUCAUAUGACACUGAUUGCAAAGGAAUAUCUCCAAUUGAUGGGCAACUUUUCAUCAGGGAAGAGAUUGGCUGUGCCGCAUUUUGUGCACAUGUUUUCAACCGUUACUGGCUCAGAGGUCACAUCGGCGCAUCUGAGUGGACAGUACUGGGUAGAUAACAUGGUAUCACCUGUCCGCUUUACAAGUGGUUUGAAGGCAAUGCGCUCACAAUUAUCUGAGAGUAAUGAAGUUUCUCCUUCGGUGCCCUUCGUUGUGGAGAUAGGACCUCAUUCCACACUACGGAGUGCCAUCAAAGAGACCUUAUCUUCUGAAGAGAGUCAGAGUGAACACAAGUACUUCGCUGUACUAAAUCGCAGCGAUCAAAGCCUCAACGCUUUGAUCAACACAGUCGGGGCUUUAGCUGCCAACGGCUAUCACGUUGACCUGCACGAAGUCAAUAGUGCAGCUCGUGGGCGCUCUCAGAGACCCUCAAGACUGCUGAUUGAUCUUCCACCAUACAGUUUCAAGCAUGGGGAGAGGAAUCUGUAUGAGAGCCGGCUCAGUCGUAAUUUACGAUCAAGAAAGUUUCCCCGACAUGAUCUCUUCGGUGCGCCUGUUCCUGACUGGAACGCAAAUGCUCCAAGGUGGCGACACUUUGUCCGAUUGAACGAAAAUCCCUGGCUUCGGGACCAUGUGGUGACGGGCAACUUUGUGUAUCCUGGAGUGGGAUAUCUUGUAAUGGCUAUUGAAGGCGCCCGGCAAUUGAGCGACGGCAAGAGAAUUGAGGGCUUUCAACUUCGGAAAGUCUCCAUAAAGCGAGCCUUGAUCGUUCCGGACACCAAGGCGGGCAUUGAAGUGAGCCUUUCAAUGACAUCUGUCGAUGGGCCAUCUGAUCUGCGAACCUGGCGUCGUUUCCAGAUCAGCUCAUUCAAUGAAUCGAGUGAUGAAUGGACCGAGCAUUGCACAGGCUACAUCGCAGUUGAGAUACCAGCAACUGAUGGGCCUAUUGACAAUGGCUUGCAGAAGGAGAAAGAGGCUCGUGCUUGGAAAGAUGAUUUCGAGAAGGCACAAAAAUCGUGCACAAAACUCAAAAACUUCAGCGACACGUACGACGAUCUCGACAACAUCGAACUUAGCUUCGGUCCACUUUUCAGAAAUCUUCACGACGUGCAAAUGAGUGGAACAAGAUCUGGACUGAUGACCGGCUCAGUGAGGAUUCCGGAUAUUGCAGAGUCAAUGCCAAUGCAGUACAUGCAUUCUCACUUGAUUCACCCGGCGACUAUGGAUAGUAUGAUUCACAUGAUGAUUGCCGCUAUGAUUGAUUUCAUCGGAAAGCCCACUCUUGAUUAUAUCAGUUUGCCCACGCAUGUGCGGGAUAUGUGGAUUUCAUCUAGCCUCAGAUCAAACCCAUCCCAUGUUUUCAAGGGACAUGCAUCAGUUUCUGAAGGUUCCACAGACAAGCUUGAAGGUCAAAUUCGAAUCCUGGAUAACCAAGACCGUCCUUGUAUUCGCAUGGAUGGUAUUGAGCUUACGCCCCUCAAGUCAAGCUCAAGUCAGGAUUCUGAGCGGCGAUUAUGCACAUCCAUUGAAUGGAACCCAGAUGUCAAUUUUCUCAAUUCUAGUCAAGCAUGUGAGCUUAGCUCAAUCUCAGGAGACAAUCAUGACGAAAACCGGUACUGGGUAAAGCAACUCCAAAUUGCUACCAUGCUUUAUGUGACCGAUGCUUUGUUUGAACUGGGUGAUCUCGAGGUUGACAAACUCGAUUUUCACAUGCGACGAUUCCACGAGUGGAUGAUUUAUUGGUGUGAAAUGCUGGUGAAAGAUGAGAUCAUUCAUCUGCCGUACGCUGAUUUCCAAAGUCUUUGUGAUGACCAAACUGCCAAACAUGCUAUCUUCUGUCAAAUCGAGACUCAUAGUGCUGAGGGAGCCAUCACUGCUCGAAUGGGCCGCAAUAUUGCUGCUGUCAUGAGGAAAGAGGUUGACCCACUUGCCUUGAUGUUCGGUGAGGACAAUGUAAUGGAAAGUGUUUAUAAGGAAGGCCUUCAUCUAUACGACUUGCCAACACACCUGAAAAGCUAUCUGUCCCUUCUGCGUCAGCAGCACUCCGGACUGAAGAUCCUUGAGAUUGGUGGCGGCACUGGAAGCUUUACAGCGGAAGUGUUCAACAUUCUUGCUCCAGGUGGAAGUACGGGUGGAGUCAUCGCAAGCUAUACUUUCACUGACAUUUCCGCUGGGUUCUUUGAGAAGGCUAAACAAAGGUUCCAUGCCUGGAGUGAUAUCAUGACAUUCCAGUCUUGUAACAUUGAGAAGAGUCCCACGGAUCAAGGCCUUGAACUGGGUAGCUAUGAUCUGAUUUUCGCGGGAAAUGUCAUUCAUGCGACAAAGAACCUGCAUACGUCUCUGGGGAACCUGCGGUCUUUGCUUCGAUCUGGCGGUCAGUUAGUCAUGCAAGAGGGAAUCAGGCAGGAUUUCCUGUGGUACCCUCUUGUCUUCGGUCAACUGCCUGGAUGGUGGCUUGGUGAUGAACCGAUGCGCAAGUGGUGUCCUUAUAUACCGACAUCAGAUUGGAACACUUUACUUACUGAAUCCGGGUUCAGUGGAGUGACAAUUGAGUAUCCAAGCUCAGCUGACAAAGACUUGACCUGGCAGAGCAUCUUGGUAGCUACUGCGAGCGUGGCGAAGGAGCAAGUGAAGCCGGAUGUUUUUAUUCUCACUUCUGGCUCUCAGGCGACUGAAAAUGUCAUCGCCUCCUUGAAAGAUGAGAUGAGACUUGACUUCCCCGCUAUCACUGUUGUGAACCCUUCUCAACUGAGUCUUGUGCCGAGUUCAAAUGGUCUUUGUAUCAGCUUGGUUGACCUGGAAGGACCAUUCUUGUCACAGAUCUCUGAAUUUGAAUACGGAUCAAUUAGAAAAUUGCUCACUCAAUGUCAAAAUAUUCUCUGGUUGACGUCUGACUCGCGUCACCAGCCGUUCUCCAGCAUGAGCAUGGGUCUCCUUCGGACGGUUCGCCAUGAAAGACAUUCUGAUGACUCAAACAUCGUGUCUUUGACCAUUUCAAAUGAAGAGAAAAUUCCAAUUGGCGAGAUAGGAACAACUAUCCACCAAAUUUGCUUGCACCAAUUUACCGGAGCUUCCCGCAAAGAACGUCAUGUCGAGUAUCUCUUGAGCAACAAGAUGAUUCAUGUCGGUCGUCUUCAUGAGUGGAGAAAGGCUGAUCAUUUUGUAACUGCCGACUCGACCGUCUCAGUUCCUGAAGAAUUACAGCUAAGCGAUGUGAGCCGUUCAAUCGAAUUGGUUGUGUCAUCCGCAGAUCCACGCCAAACAUUCUGGGUUACAGAUCAUCAGCAUGGUCUCGACCUUGGGACAACAGAAGUCGAGGUUGAUACCUGUGCGAUUGGGAUGAAUACAGAUUUGAACUCCUCUUCCAGGUCGACUGAGGCUUCGGGUGUUGUGAAACGAGUUGGUUCCGCAGUGGAAGGUAUUGUCCCAGGAGAUAAGGUCAUUGUGACGGGAGCAGCAAAGAACCACUGUUUCAGAACAUCUCUGCUAGCUGAGAGCACUCGGGUGGUCAGAGUUCCAGAUGAGAUUUCGAUCCAAGUCGCUGCAGGAUUGCCAUCACUGUACGCAACCGCAUUGUAUGGACUUGAAGAGAUCGCACAUUUGUGUGAAAGCGAUAACCUUCUCAUUCACAAUGGCGCAACAUCCCUCGGACAGGCUGCUCUUCAGUAUGCAAAAAUGGUCGGCGCUACCAGUUAUGUAACUGUGUCUACAACCAAGGAUCGAGAAUUUCUCGUAUCUGAAUACGGCAUCCCUGCAGCGAACAUCUUUUCCAGUAAAGAUCUCAAUUUUGCUAAAAGCAUCAUGCGAUCCACAAACGGAGUUGGAGUCAAUGUUGUAUUCAACACACUUACCGGAGAUGCUUUGCAGGAGACGCUUUCCUGUCUCGCCCCAUUCGGCCAUUUUAUUCAUAUCUCACGCAAAGGCGCUCGCCUUGAUGCCAUGAUUGACUUGGCCCCGCUUCAGAAGUGCGCAACGGUAACAACGAUUGACAUCGAACUCAUGAUGGAAAGCCGACCGGAACUUAUCGCUCGACUGGUUCAAAAUGCAUUGGCCUUGCAUGUCAGUGGCAAGAUCUGUCAGGUUCGACCGUUUACUGUCAUGAAUUUCUCACAGAUACAAGAUGGUGUUGAGUCUUCACAGAGCAGUGAAGGGGUCGGAAAAAUUGUUUUUGUCCCCGACCCUUCGAAUAUAAUCUCAGUUGUUCCUGAUCCUCUUCCGGCAUAUCAAUUUGAUGACCAAGCCUCAUAUAUUCUUGCUGGGGGUCUUGGUGGUAUUGGACGCGGUCUGGCGCGUUGGAUGGCUUCACGGGGUGCUAAGAACUUGAUCUUCCUCUCAAGAUCAGGACGCAUUACCGAACCUGUCGAAGAAAUGAUUGCAAAUCUCAAAACCAUUGGCUGUCGCUCUCAUGUUUUUACCUGCGAUGUUUCAGAUGCUGAUCGUGUACGAGCUGUUGUGGAAGAAUGCUCUGCCUCAUUGCCACCUAUCAAGGGGUGCGUACAGGGUUCGAUGGUUUUACGGGACGGAGCUUUUGCAGGAAUGUCUUUUGAAAACUGGCAGGCAGCUAUCCAGCCUAAGGUUCAGGGCUCGUGGAAUUUGCAUGAAAUACUGCCCGCUGACCUAGACUUCUUUGUGAUGCUUUCCUCGGUUGCCGGUAUCUUCGGCAAUCGUGGACAGUCCAACUAUGCAGCUGGAAAUACAUUUCAAGAUGCGUUGGCAGCUCACCGAACAUCUAAGGGCAUGAAAGCGACCAGUAUCAACUUGGGCAGUGUAUCCAACGUGGGCUGGGUAGCAGAGAAUAUUGAUACGUCACAAAAGCACACAGACACGCUCUUCCAAUUCCUUCGUGAAGAGGAAGUUUACAAGACGAUUGAGUUCAUGAUCGAUGAUCGCCAGAAGAAACAAGAUACCAUUGGGGGCUUGCCUCAGUCCCAAGUGGUUCUUGGACUUCCAACAGGUGAAAUGUGUCGACAGAACAACAUCCCCAAACCAGCAUAUCUGGAAUACCCUUUGUUCACACACAUGCGCGAAGCUGUUGCAGCAACGAGCUCGGAGAAAAGUGAUGAGAAGACUGUCAACAGUGCCGCUCUAAUUGCUGCCACAAUCAACUUGAGCGAUACCGUGACAGUGGUUUCAAAUGGGAUUAUUGAACGAUUGUCAUCUUUACUCGCAAUCCCAUCAUCUGAGAUCGAUGCCCAGAGAUUCAGCUUUGGUAGCAUUGACUCGCUGGUUUCCAUGGAAUUUGUUUCCUGGAUUGUUAAGGAAUUGAAGGCCGAGGUGGCCUUGUUGGACAUUAUGGGGGCGCAGAAUAUACAGGUUCUGAGUGAGAAAAUUGCUCAGACGACACGACUGACGACUUAUGAGAAAUGA